UCACGUGACUCGGGGAAGAUGGCCGCGCUGACGGCGGAGGUCUUUGCAGCUCUCCAGAGCCUGCUGAAGGCCUCCUCGAAAGAUGUUGUCAGACAGCUGUGCCAAGAGAGCUUUUCCAGUUCAGCCCUUGGCUCGAAAAAGCUCUUGGAUGUUACGUGUUCCAGCUUGUCUGUGACCCAGGAGGAGGCAGAACAAGGCUCCCCGUCUGUCCCGCAGCUGCUCCAGGCUCUGCACCGCCUCACCAGGCUAGUGGUGUUCCGUGGCCUGUCCUCCGCCGAGGCGAUUCUGGCACUCUUUCCUGAAAAUUUCCACCAAAACCUCAAAAACCUGCUGACAAAAAUCAUCCUAGAACACGUAUCUACUUGGAGAGCUGAAGCCCAAACAAAUCAGAUCUCUCUGCCGCGCCUGGUCGACCUGGACUGGAGGGUGGACAUCAAAACCUCCUCAGACAGCAUCAGCCGCAUGGCCGUCCCUACCUGCCUGCUCCAGAUGAAGAUCCGGGAAGAUCCCAGUCUGUGUGGGGAGCAGCCCUCCGUGUCAGCUGUCACUGUGGAGCUGAGUAAGGAGACCCUGGACACGAUGUUAGACGGGCUGGGCCGCAUCCGGGACCAGCUCUCCGCUGUGGCCAGCAAGUGACGCGGCCAGCUGGCCCCCAGCACACGCCGUCCUCGCAGCAGGCAGCGGUGGGGACAUGGGGGCUGCUAUCCAGAAGGCGCGGUUGGACCAGGCAGAAGCAGCCAGGCCCCCGCGCUGCUUUUUCCUCUUUCCAAAGAUGGAGCAGAAGCUGCUGAUCUCGCGAGGCUCCUGUGUGGGACUUAAUGACCCCGUGGCAGCAGGAGGGAGCGUUUGCUUGGUCAGCCGCCUCCGUCUGGCUGAUUGGAAAAUUCAGGCCCAAAGUGUGGUGCUCGUCUUAAUAAGUUCCUUUCGCUCUGAUGAGCUCAUUUCCGGCUCUGGAAUGCACGCAGGGAGUCAGGUGGGAGACACCAGCAGUUCUGCUUCUCUGUCAGAGAAGCCAGGCGGAUCCCACAGGGCAGGGUCCCCUCUGCGUGCCUGCCUGCCCUGAGCCCAGAGCCUGCCCGAGCUCCCUCAGCCCUGCUGGACCACCUGGCAGCGAAGGAAGUCUGAAAUGGGAACUCAUUUCCUUCUCAUUGGAGCCAGAGGCCCCUUCCUUGAUGUAAUGCAGCCACUCAGGGUGAAGAAGUAGGAGUGAUUGGAAAUAAAUAACAGUUCUAAAAACUU